AUGAAAACUCUGCUGCUGGCCUUGCUGGUGGUGACAGUCGUGUGCCUGGACUUUGGACACACCCUGAUAUGUUACAGAUGCCCCGGAGUACUUGGUAGAAGCGUACGCAAAUGUCCCAAUGGGCAGAACCUCUGCUAUAGAAGGAGGAAUUUUUACGAUCUACUCGGAUUCAGGGCCCGCAGGGGAUGUGCUGCUACCUGCCCUAAUUUGGAACCGUAUGAGAUCAUUAAGUGUUGCUCAAGAAACCGUUGCAACUUUUAG